AUCAUGAUAUGUAAAUUAGUUGGUCGGGUAAACUCAGUCAGGGCUGAGAGAUGAGCUAGAAGUCAGUACGCGGUCAGUCGGCAUGCCAAGGGGGCCUGUACCCACUCUUUUAGUAAUUUUUUUGUGGAUACUUCAAAAUCGCAAUGUCUCCAUCGGUAUCCCCUCGGUUUUUCUCUGAGAAGGAGGUAGCCAAUCAUUGCACUAAAAACUCAUGUUGGGUAUUAACGGGGACGAGGAUUUAUGAUGUGACGGGAUUCCUUCGAAUGCACCCGGGUGGAGAGGCUCUGAUAUUAAGCCGGUCAGGGAAUGAUAUCAGUCCGGAGAUGGAGGGACCCCCACACCGGCACUCCGAGAAUGCAAGGCGAUGGAUGGAACAAUACUACAUCGGAGAGCUGGACACAGACGGUAGUGCCGAUGAAACACAGACGGUGAGGGAGAGGAGGAAGACUCAGGAGCACACAGUGGAUGAGGAGCCUUCACCCCUCAGCAAAUGCAGUCAAGUCGACCUGGACACAGACCUGGUGGACUGGCGGAAGCCCCUGGCCUGGCAGGUGGGAAACCUGGGAGAGAAAUACGACACCUGGGUGCACCAGCCUGUGGAUCGGCCCAUUCGCCUGUUUGGGAACGAGUUCAUGGAGGCCAGCACCAAGACAUCCUGGUAUAUGGUCCCUGCUGUGUGGAUGCCACUGGUGUUCUAUCUCAGCUGGUACUGCUACACCACCCUGGCUCAGGAGACAACCAGACUGUUCGCCAGCACAGACUAUUCCUUCCUGGUGCACAAGUACAGCUUUCCACUCAUCUUCGUGAUUGGCAUGGUCAUGUGGACCUUCAUCGAAUAUUGCAUCCAUCGCUUUGUCUUCCACAUGCGCCCGCCCGUCCACAACUAUUACCUCAUCACCAUUCACUUCCUGUUGCACGGACAGCAUCAUAAGUCUCCCUACGAUGGCACCCGCCUGGUCUUUCCUCCUUGCCUGGCCUCAGUGGUGAUAGGCAGCUUCUACCUGCUGCUGACCAAGGCCUUUCCCGAGGCCCUAGGGGUGUCCCUGUUUGUGGGGGGGCUGUUUGGGUACGUGGUGUACGACAUGAUCCACUACUACCUUCACUACGGCUCCCCCCAGAAAAACUCCUACCUGUACAGCCUCAAGGCAUACCACGUCAAGCACCACUUUGAACACCAAAGAGCAGGUUUUGGAAUCAGCACCACAUUGUGGGACUAUCCGUUCAACACAGUGAUCCCUGAACAGACCUUUUAGAAGACCCAACUUACUCUACUCUCUAACGGGGGGCGACCUUCGCCCAUCCCUCUUAUACCUGGCAAUCAACCCCUUCAAUGACCCCAUAUACCCUUUGGCCCCAGCCUCUCCCUAUAAACCACCACCAAUCAGUCUGUCAGUCUGUCUGUCUGGCUCACUGCUUCGGUGCUGCUGCUCUCCUCUUCGAACAAAACACAACACACUUCUCCAAUAUGUUCCACCUGCCAGUCAAAGAAGAAAGGUAUAUUUUCAGAACUGGUGGGAUGGAGGGUCGGGGUGAGGGUUUAAAUGUUCUUUAUUGAUUCUGUAUGUUUUGUUUAUAAUGGACAAAAUGAUCAAAUUAAGAUUAUAUGACUAUGAUGCAGUAAGGAGGAUGAACUUACAUGCAGUCCCAGGUUCUAACAGUCAACAUCCCACAAGAGACCGUAGAGCCAAACUCAACUCGGGACCUUGAAGUCAGUUCCACUGGCUUUUUUCAUUGUUCCCCUAUAAUCAGGGGCUGAUUUAGACCUGGGACACCAGGUGGAGGCAAUUAAUUAUCAGGCAGAACAAAUAAAACAGCAGGCUCCUGACCUCGUUGGGUAAGAGUUUAAUAACCCUGCAGUAGAGAGAGACUGUAAAGUGAGCAAGAGAGUGUGAAUGUGGAAGAGAGAGGAUAUUGAGUGAUGUUUAGGAUGGUGAAAGUUAAGAGAUUACACUUGUCGUUAUAUAAGCUGUCCAGGUUUAUACCUUUAAGAAAAUUCAGGAAAGUCCCUUCUCUAUCCCUGGAGUGUUUAUGCUGCAGAAUGCUCCCCUCUGUUCUAGAGGUCAAGCGUUACUAAUACCUGUAGUAACGCUUAGUAACGUUGUUAUGGGGACUUAACCCCAUUCUCACCAUUAUAUCACAGCUAUGCUGUUUUGACACAGAAAAACGCUGUUGACAGCAUGUGCUCACCUAAUUCACUGAUGGUUAGUCUGUAGUGUCUUGCUUAAACUGGGGCAUUUCCAAUUAAAAUAUGUGGGAAGGUAUGGAGGGAGCUGAUUAAGUCUUUCACUAUGUUCAGACUAAUUUAUAUUUCUACAUAAUGUCUAUUUGUAUUCAGUAAUGGUAUGACUAAAUGUAUAGAAAUAUUUGUACAAAUAGAGAUACUGCUGCAUCUUUCUAUCUCUCUCCUAUACACUCUGACUUGUUGUUGAUAUGUCAAAUGAAGCUUCAGAAUGAGUUGAUGUUCUACGAUCGAUGUGUAUUUAUUGAUAGAUGGAUGGAUGGAUACAUGUUGUCAUGGAUACAGAGACAGAACACUGAGGGCAUGAGGCCGGUCUACCACGUCUCCUGCUGUAGGGAGGAACACAUGGCUACAGAAUGAAGCUGAUAAGGACUCCGCUAUAUGUUCCCGUGCUUCUCUCUGCAUGUAGGAUGACGAUCUUGCAUCAGACUAAAUUACAGGAGGCCUUCAGUUCAGUUCCAGGCCGAUCCUCGACUGUUCUGACUACUUUUCUAUCCUAAAGUUUCUAUCCUUUUUAUCAUCUUCUGCAUUCCAUGUGUUUUUGGUAAUUACCUUAUUCCCCCUUUAAUUUGUCCUUUGGGUGUGAAGCCACUACAGAUAAGCCCAAAUACUCCUACAGUUUCUCAGGGGACCAUGGAGAGACUGUGACAGGGGACUGGGGCCUCACAAAGUACAUGGGGGUGAUUUAUAUGCCAAGAGAAUAAUUCUUCAUCACAUAAAUAUGUGUAAUCCAGCAUUUGCUUUACUGUAUAAAAUGCUCCUCCUUGCAGUCAUUUACAGUUGAAGUCAGAAGUUUACAUACACCUUAGCCAAAUACAUUUAAACUCAGUUUUUCACAA